AUGUCUUCAAUUAUCACGUUUGCUUUAGUUUUGGUUUGUACAAGCCAGUUAGCUGAUAUAAGUGCCACGAGAUAUGACCCAACUUGGGAGUCGCUAGAUUCGAGGCCGAUUCCUUCGUGGUACGACGAAGCUAAAUUCGGAAUUUUCAUGCACUGGGGAGUUUAUUCCGUUCCAAGUUUCUACUCAGAAUGGUUUUGGUGGUGUUGGAAAGGUGCACAUACUCAAGAAUGCGUCGACUUUAUGAAGAAAAACUAUCGUCCAGAUUUCUCAUACGCCGAUUUUGGUCCGAUGUUCAAGGCAGAAUUUUUGAAUCCGGAUCAGUGGGCCGACUUAUUAGCUCGUUCUGGUGCAAGGUAUUCUUUCAUACUUUACCUUUUUUAG